AAACAAAAGAAAAGUACUAAUUAUGAGAUCUUCCCCCCCUAUCCCUUCAUUUUCCUCGCGACUCCAACCUCCCAUCAUCCCAAUCCCCUUUCCUUCUCUAUAUAUCCACCUCUCACACACUACAACAGAAACACACACAUUAUCCCUCCAAAGCUAGUUAGUUGGCUUUUCCCUUUCUCCUGUUUCAUCCCCCCAUUUUCUAUAUUACAUAAAAUAUUACACCCACAUAUAUCUUCAUUAUAUAGUUUGCCUACUUCAAUCCAGUCCAAUAUUAAACUCCCCCAAUCUAUGUAGUUUCCUUAAUUGCUUCCAUGUACAUAAAUACCCACAUCUCCAUUCCCAGCCCACAACAUUAAUCAGAAAAAACCCAUCAAUGGCUGCUCUCACGAGUUUCCUCCCGCUGCUUCUGCUAGCAGCCGCGUUGUUACUAUCCACACCGGCAGCCUCAACUUCCAGGCGGCUCACCCAGCUCGACCCAACCACCACCACCGCCGCCGGCGGCUUCCAGGUCGCCCUGACCCACGUCGACUCCGGCAAGAACCUCACCAAGUUCCAGCGGCUCCAGCGCGGGAUCAAUCGGGGGAACUACAGGCUCCAGAAGCUCACCGCAAUGGUCCUGGCCCAAUCCACUCCCGAGGCAGCCGACGUGGCUGCUCCGGUCGUGUCGGGAAACGGCGAGUUCCUAAUGGAACUCGCCGUCGGGACGCCUCCCGUGUCCUACUCCGCGAUCGUGGAUACGGGAAGCGACCUGAUAUGGACGCAGUGCGACCCCUGCACCAACUGCUACAAGCAGCCCACCCCGAUUUUCGACCCGUCGAAAUCCUCGACAUUCGCGAAGCUCCCCUGCUCCAGCACCCUCUGUUCCGCCCUGCCGCAGUCAUCGUGCGGAUCCGACGGCUGCGAUUACCUCUACACCUAUGGAGAUUACUCGUCGACGCAGGGGGUCAUGGCCACAGAGACGUUUACCUUCGGCGGGAACAAAGUAAAGGUUCCGAAAGUCGGGUUCGGGUGCGGGGAGGAUAACGAAGGGGACGGGUUUACUCAGGGAGGUGGGCUCGUCGGGCUGGGCCGCGGCCCACUCUCACUCGUCUCCCAGCUCAAGCAGCCCAAGUUUUCGUACUGCCUGACGUCCAUCGACGAUGCCGCGGGGGCCACCAGCACGCUGUCCAUGGGCUCGCUGGCUGGACCGGCGGGUAACUCCUCGGCCACGACCGGUUUGAUUCAGAACUCGGCUCAGUCCUCGUUUUACUACAUUUCCUUGGAAGGGAUCUCGGUCGGCGGGACCGGUCUGUCCAUCCCGGCGUCCACUUUCGCGCUGCAGAGCGACGGAAGCGGAGGGAUGAUCAUCGAUUCCGGGACCACGAUCACGUACCUGGAGCGUAGCGCGUUCGACGAGGUGAAGAAGGCGUUCAAGGCCGCGAUCGAUCUGCCGGUCGACAAUUCCGGUUCGACCGGUCUGGACCUCUGCUUCGAUCUGCCGUCGGGCGGCGGGUCGGGCGACAUCAAGGUGCCGACCCUGGUGUUUCAUUUCAAAGGGGCGGAUUUGGAGCUCCCCGCGGAGAAUUACAUGAUUGCGGAUUCCAGCGUCGGGCUGGUCUGCUUGGCGAUGGGGAGCUCGAGCGGGAUGUCGAUUUUUGGGAAUAUUCAGCAGCAGAAUUUCAUGGUGCUCUAUGAUUUGGCCAAGGAGAGCUUGUCUUUCACUCCGACCCAGUGCGCCAAAUCGUGAUCAGGAGGAUGUGCAGAUAAUGAUCGUUCAUGUUGAUGAUCUUACAGUAUACACGAUUUGUUAGCCAUGAUUUUUUAUUGCUUUUCUUUUUUUCCCCAUUUUUAUGUUCAUGAGCUUACAUCAUACGUCAUCAUCACAAAGCAUAGCAGUGCUAUUAUAUGUACACAUGUCAAUGAAUACAGUUGCCUUGCUUGAUCUUCACUUUUAAUUAUUCCUUACACUUCCUUUUCUAGUUUCUUACUCAUGUCUUGUAGUUGUUUACCUGUCCAUUUUUAACCAAUCUUGUUUCAUAAGGUUUUGGCCCUUCAGAUUGGUUUAGUCGUCAUUUCAGCUCAAAGCAUAUGAUGUCAUUGAUGGUAUUAGCUCAACUUCCACAACCUAUUAUACUUUGAUAACCCCACGUAAGUUGGUUAUUUGUUCAAAUUAUUUUUGAAGGGCGAAUGAUAAGUUUCUUGCGGUGGAUCAAAUGACUCAUUUGUCUCAGUUUGUGACUUGGUAGAUCAUGAAUACAAAUAUGAUUGAAGAUGUGAAUAUCUCUCCAAAUUUUUUCUUUCUUUUUGGAGCGGCUAUCAUGUAGUUACGACUGUAAGAUGGGUGUUGCGAGCUCCGACGUAGCUCUUCAACCUCUUGCGAGAUUUGUCAAUCGUCACGCCUUUGUCAAAUCCAAAUAUGAGCAUUUCAUCACGGGAAAUCCCGUGAUUGAGAGUAAAGUUCCUUAUAUUGGUGCUAUUUAAUAUUUAUUAUUAAACUGCAUAUACGUUUUAUAAAAAUUCACCAACCACUCAAUCAAUAGAAUAGAGUGAGAAUGAGCUAUUUUUAUAAACACAUUUACACUUUACACUCCUUUUAUUGUGUUAUUUCUCACCCUGGAGACUAUUUCUAACAAUCUCCAUAUUAGUCAACAUGAACUAAGAAUACCUAGUACAACAAAUAGUUCAAAUAUUAAGAUACCUUUUCGAUUUAAACAUUUACUUAAUGUAUGCAACUUUAAAUCAGUGACGGGCUCGGACUCAGGGCUCAGACUACAAGCCAUGAUUCAAAGCUGGAAGGGGAGUUACAACUUACAACAUACUUACUUAUCUAUUCUCUAAAUCACAAUCACCAACCAUGGUCACACUUUUAUUGUCAUGUGUUGUUCUUGUUUCACGAGCAUACACAAAAUGUAACCUCUAUUUUCGUUUGAGCAGCACCACUCUUAAUGCAAUGAAUAUUAUUAUUAGUUCUAUAAUACACAAAAUGCACCACUCUAUAGUAAAUACCUAGAGAAAAUGUUGAGUUUCCAUUACGUCUAAUUAUUCAAAGGUCUCAAUUCCAUUCACCGGGAUGUGAUGACACGCAAAUUAUAAUAUUUUAGGCUAUUUAAUAACAUAUUUUGCAUAGUUUUAAUAUCUUUAUUGUCAUAAAAAUUUGGAAUUACUUGAUAAUUGCUCCAAGGUGUAUUUAGUAGCUCGUAUGAUUAUUUUUACUAUUUUGAUGCCCUUUGAUUAGUAUCUUAUUUGUUUUCAUGCCAAAGUAUCCUAGUGGACCACCUUGUACGAGUGAGAGACAUCAAGACCCAACUAUGGGGAGUUAGAAACGAAGAUUUGAGCUCAAACCCAAAAUGAUGCUAGAUUUAGUCGAUGAUAGCCCAAAGUGGCACCCUAGGCAGUGUUUCUCAAAGGACCCAAAUCAUCGCGGAAUUGUGCGGAUAUACCUUACUUAGUGGCUAAGGUGGAGAUAUAUUAGAGAGAUUUGGUCAGAAGACUUUCACUCCUACUUUAUCUCUCAUAAAACCUUGUGAAAGAGGCUAUAAAUAUACCCUCUCAAUCAUCAUUCGCGCAUUAGGUCAUACAGUGGGUUACUCUGCCGACACAGUACCUCAGUAGUCCAAAAGUGAACAACGGGAUCGAAGGUAGAAUUGUAGCAUAAACGGAGCCUUAAGCG